AUGGAUCAAUGGAAAGUGAUGUUCUUGAUCUGUCUCUAUGGAGCUGUCAAAGAGUUUCGACCCACUGAGCCAUACAUGUAUGAAUAUCAGCAUAAUGUACUGAAUAUGACGGAACACACACUCAAUAGUAAAGUAUACCCAAUAUGGACUUACAGUUAUCUAGUUGCUCUUAUUCCAUCAUUUCUUUUGACUGAUGUUCUACUUUACAAACCUAUAUUAGUUAUUGAAGCCUUAUCUUAUUUCGCUUGUUGGGUGAUUUUCGUAUUCGGAAGAUCUGUUUGGAGUAUGCAGCUUCUAGAACUGUUCUACGGGUGGGCUACUGCAACGGAAAUUGCAUACUUCUCUUAUAUUUAUGUGAUGGUUCCAAAAAGCGAAUAUAAAUCAGCUACUGCAUUCACCAGAGCAGCUCUUCUAGUUGGCAGAUUUCUUGCCUAUGCACUUGCCCAAUUACUAAUCGGAUUAUCAUGGGCAGACUACAUGACUUUAAACAUUAUCACGUUGGUAGUGAUGACGUUUGCAGUGUUUCUAGCUGCUGUUUUACCGCAAGUGGCAUGGAGAAAAGCUUAUCAGAAGAAAUUGGAAGAUAACAGUUCAUCGACUGACCUGGAGAGUCUGGUGAAUGAUGCGAAUUACAAGGAUUAUUUAAAGCUGUUUUUCAUGGAAUUACAUCAAGAUUUAUACACAAUUUACAGAAACCCUCUUAUUUUAAAAUGGUCUAUAUGGUCAGCACUAUCCAGUUGUAUAUUUUAUCAGAUAGUUAACUAUACUCAAACCCUUUGGGGAACCCUCCCCGAGUCGCAAAACAAAUACAAUGGAAUCACAGAAGCCCUGGUUCCUUUGAUGGGAAUACCUGCUGAUCUCAUCACAAGGCUACUCAAUGUGAACUGGAAUCGAUGGGGAGAUAUAUUGCUAUCUGUUGGAUCUCUUUUCCAAGCGGGUCUCCUAUUUUGGAUGUCACAAUCCCAUCAAAUAAUAGUGAUGUACAUUUGUUACAUUCUCUAUCGUGUCAUCUACCAACUUUCUACUACAAUUGCACAAUCUACACUGGCUUUAUCUCUUGACUCGAGGCUAUUCGGAUUGCUGUUUGGAAUCAAUACUUUUAUGGCGUUAGUCCUUCAGUCAAUACUGACAGCUAUUGUCAUCGAUGCGGAAAAGUUGGCUAUUCGAGCGCAGUUUGCUGUAUAUUCCGGGUAUCAUCUUUUUGUUGCUGUUUUGUUCGCCAUAAUAUUUGCAGUCUGGGCAAGCCGAAAAGUUUUGAAAUCCAGAUCGAGAUCUCAUUCUUAA